UUUGAUCGUUUUCAUCUCUCACACAUGGCGGCUGCAGGCAAAGGCACGAAUUUACCGCAUUGAAGAAUAAGCGUUUCCUUCCUACUCUUUACUGCUCUCUACUUCAAAGUUUGCUGAGGCACACAAUGGACCAGGCAGAUUCAAUCAGUGAAGUACAGCAUGACGAACCACAAAGUAAUGAGCAGCCAAAAAAAGAGUUAAGUGUGACUGAAAAGCUAGAGCGAGCGCAAGAGUUCAAAGAGGAAGGCAAUGCCCUCUUCAAAGAAAAAAAGGUGAAAGCUGCCAUGGGGAAAUAUCAUAGGUGCCUGCUGUUCGUUCGAGGUGCCGAGGAACACAGCAGGCCGGAGUUCAUGCAACUGGUCACAUCGGCGGACUCACGACAGAAACUGCCUCCAGAGCUCCAACAACGGUCAGAUAAGCUUAAGAUGGACUGCUAUAAUAAUCUGGCCGCGUGCUUGCUACAACUCGAGGAUGCCAACGCGAGACGCGUGAUCUCGUACUGUGAUAACGUACUUGCACUGUCACCGAACAAUGCCAAGGCCAUGUACAGGAAAGGAGUGGCAUACUACAACCUCAACGACUUUGACACCGCACUUCGGACCUUACAGCAAGCCGAGAAGCACACUAGGAAGCCAGAUGCGUCCAUCAACAACUAUUUGGAACUCUGCCAAAAAGCCAUGAAAGAUUAUGCAGAAAAGGAGAAACAGUGCUACCAGAAGAUGUUUGUAUAACUGCUACUUCAACAUGCAAGAACUGGUCAAAGAAAGGCCUAUUUUUUGCUGGUUCAACCUUCCAAUAAAGCUUAUUAUUUUAC